AUGUCUGGUGUGUUAAAGGACCAGCAGGGAGAAUCAGAGGAGCAGGAGACACUGAGGAUAGGCCCAGAAAACGAAGGAAGGGAACAGCCCAUGCAGAAUGGAGAGGAAGACUGUCCUUAGGGCAGGGGCUAGGGCCACCAGCCAGCAGGAAAUAACAGAGGACAGGCUUGCCAGCUUGCCCCUAAUUUCCAACGGACCAUACCCAAUGAUGAUGGAGAUAGAGAUGAUAUGGAAAUAUUCAAAGCAGAGAUGAGAAAAUUAAGGGAGCUGCAGCUGAGGAAGUGUCUGCGUAUCCUUAUGGGGCAGCUCUCUAAUCACCCUGACCACCAUGAGGAAUGUUGCCUUUGGCCUUGACUCCUGCCAUGUUCCGUGAGAUUAAUAGUGUGAUUCCCACUGUGGUCCUCUUUUUCCUUGCAUUUUCCUGAUACACCUUUACUGAUACAUUGGCUGUGAACCUUAUGUAAUUUCUAAGUGUCAGGUGGGUUCUGUGUGACCAGCUUAUAAUUGGAGAUUGCCGUGGCACUCUUAAGUUUCUGUCAACAGUAGAGUUUCACCAUUUGCAUGGAAAAAUGUAAAGUUAAUAAAGCAAUUGAAAAACAGCAACAGCAAAAAAGAAUAAGUAUAAAUUUAACCUAAACUUUAUAAAAACUGGGAGGUAGAUAUUUUUCCUCCUCCUUCCUUUCUUUCUAGACAGAGAGUACAAAUCUGUUGGUGUUUUGAACUUUCAAAUGCACUUGUGUCAACAGGCUUCACUCAGAGUUUCUCAGACAGUACCAUUGAUUCGUGUGGCCUAGGGUUUAAAAUCCAAUUUUAAAGAAGGGAACUCAAAGUAUUUGGGGGGACUCAAAGUAUUUCCACAAACCUGUGAUGUAAUUAUGGUGUGUCAUAUUGCCCAGGCAGGAAUCCUUAUCACUUUUUUUUUUUUUAGUUUUAAAAUGAAUUUCUUAAAGAAUGGUCUUAGGAAGGCAACAAUGUUUGAUUUGUCAUUUUAACAAAAAUUCUACUUCUUCAUGCUGUAUAAUAAAGGUAAUAUAAGAGGGUA